UUUGGAUCUGUCAACGUCUAAGUAAAGCCCAAAGAACUCAAGGCAAUUGCUGCUCAUACCUGAAUCCUUGAUCAGACAUGUCUUCUUCGAAAACAUCAGGGUCUGUUCCAAACAGAACUCGAGCAGUUUCAUCAGUGUCACUUCAUCCUGAUAUUGGAGCAGUCUCAGCUACUGAUGCAAACACUACAACAUCAACUACUGAUAUAGGCGCUUCACCGGUUACAGCAACGCCAGCCAGUGCCACUGCUCCAUUCAGUGGAGGUGGGAUUCCUCAUGAUAUCCCUCCCGAUAUGGUAUUAUUACUUCAAAAAUUAGAUGAAGAUUUCACUGUGAAUAAAACAAUUGACCAAUGGACCUAUAUUAAUAGACGAGAGGAAAUCAUGCAGUCGGUGAGUAAGCUUCACGAGUACCAAAGAAAUAAUAUAGACCUUGAUUCAUCCAAUCUAGAGAAACCGUUACACCCUCGUAAGUCGACUGAAUUUCUGGACAGCGAUUUCAGAUUUUCCCAAGAUUAUUUACUAGGAAUUUUAUCUAAAAGAGCUAUUACAUAUAGAGGGGAAGCUGCGUUUGUUGUUCUUGAUAAUAAGGGUAAAGAGACUUCUUCUAUAUCAUGGGAGAAAUUAUAUCUAAAAGCAGUUAAAGUGGCUUAUGAAAUCAAGCACAAAUUAGCACUCAAAAAAAGUGACACAGUUGUUCUUUUAUAUAAAGAUGGUGAAGUUAGUGAAUUUGCUGUUGCGUUGUUUGGAUGUUUUAUGGCAGAUGUCACUGCAAUUCCAAUUCAUCAAGAUAUAUCUCUUCAUGAAGUUUUCGAUAUAAUUAAUUUAACAUCUUCCAAACUUGUUUUAUACUCUGAAGUGAUUGCAAAAGAGCUAGAGAAACUUAAUACCCCAAAUUCAAAAAUUGCAUGGCCAUCGAAGUUAAUACGAUGGAAAACAACUGAAUUUGGUUCAGCUAAGAAAUCUGAGUUGGCAAAUUGGAAUUCCAAGGCUUCUCAACGACAGCAUGAAGCUGCCAAUUCAUCAAAAGCAGAUCUUGCCUACGUUGAAUUCUCUAGAUCACCUGUUGGUGAAUUGCGUGGAAUUGCUCUAAGCCAUAGAACUAUAAUGCAUCAGAUGAAUUGUUUGAACAUGACAUUAUCGAGUUUGCCUGAUUCAGGAGGUGGUCUUCAACGAAGUGCACAAGAGUUCAAGCGUAAUAAAAAAGUUGUAUUGGCCACUCUAGAUAUAAGAUUCUCUAUUGGUUUAAUUUUGGGGAUUUUAUUCACUGUAUAUUCGGGUAAUGUACUUAUUUGGGCCCCUCAAAAAGUGAUGGAAAUUCAAGGCUUAUACGCCAAUAUAAUAUCUAGAUGUAAAGCAUCUUUACUUCUCGCUGAUUAUAUUGGUUUAAAAAGAGUCACAUAUGAUUAUCAACAGUCACCAAAUGCAACUCGGUACUUCUCCAAGACCCAACGUGUUGAUUUUUCGACUGUUAAAUGGGUUUUGGUCAAUGCAUUGACAAUUGAUGGUGAAUUUAUGCUGAUUCUAUCACAAAGAUACUUGAGACCCUUGGGAUGUCAGCAACCUGAUAAUGCUAUCAUCCCUAUGUUAACCCUUAGUGAAUACGGUGGUAUGGUAAUUUCUUUAAGAGAUUGGUUAGGUGGAUAUGAAAAGUUUGGUGUCGAGGAUGAUGGAAAAGCAAAUGAACUUUCAUCAGUUUUGAUAGAUAAAGAGGCCCUUUCAAGAAACAUAGUGAAAGUGGUCGAGAUGGACCCUUCCGCAACUGAUGAUACUGGUCUGGAUACAUUGAGAGUUGAUGCUUUCGGAUUUCCUCUUCCAGAUGCAACCUUUGCUGUGGUGAACCCUGAGCUGUCUACUCUUGUAUGUAAAGGUGAACUUGGUGAAAUAUGGAUAGACAGUCCAUGUCUUUCUGGUGGUUUUUAUGGUCUUAGGAAAGAGUCUAAACUGAUCUUCCACGCAAAAUGUCGUGAUGCCAAUGGAAUAUUAGAAAUGGACUUUUUAAGAACAGGUUUGUUAGGCUUUACCUAUAGGGGAAAAGUGUAUAUUCUAGGCUUAUAUGAAGACAGGAUUCGUCAACGUGUCAGUUGGAUGGAUCAGAAAGUCUAUAAAAAGCUUAACAGAGACCUAGUCAUUGGAAACGGUACAAGAUAUCAUUACUCUGCGCAUUUAUUAGCAACAUUGGCAAGCGAGGUCAGGCAGAUAUACGAUUGUACGAUAUUCGAUGUUUUUAUCGGUAAUGAAUACUUACCUGUGGCAAUAGUCGAGGCGGAAGUUAUUAGAAAAGUCCUUGAUGACAAUAAUGAUAAUAAUGGACCUAAUGGUGGAAAUGGAAAGUCAAAAGGUGGUGCUGAUAAUGGCCCAGUAUACAGUCCAAUUCCUUUAAAUGAACCUGUUUUGAACUCAAUUGCCCAAAAGUGUUUUGACACUUUAUACAAACACCAUUUUAUAAGAUUGUAUUGUGUUUUAGUUGUUGAUUGUGAUACUUUACCUAAAAUCAUGAGAAGUGGUGGGAGAGAAAUCGCUAACAUGCUUUGUAAGAAGAAGUUUUUAGAAGGUACUUUAAAAUCCGAUUUUGUUAAAUUUUUCGUCAGAAAUUCAAUUAGUAUGAUCCCUCAUGGUGAGGAUGUGAUAGGUGGAAUUUGGUCUCCGUAUGUUUCUGAAUUACGGAAUUUGGCUCUACAAAGAUUUCCUUGUCAGUUCUCUACUAUUGAUUAUCGUGAAAAAUCCAUUGAUGAUAAGACCGGAGCCCCGUUGACAGAUUUCAAGACAAUCAUUGAUAUUUUGAAGUUUAGAGUAGCAAGCUCAGGUGAUUCCAUUGCAUUUCAAAAUAUUGAUAAUAGUGGUAAAAGUAGCUCGAAACCUUUAACAUGGAAAAAGUUUGAGAAUAGGGUUUAUGCAGUUUGCAAUUAUUUCAUUGAAAAAGCCUUAAUUAAACCGGGCCAGCAUGUUAUUUUGAUGUAUUCCUUAUCCGAGGAGUUUGUCAUUGCCAUAUACGCAUGUUUAAUAUGUGGUAUAAUUCCUAUUCCAAUGUUACCAUUUGAUUCCAAUAGAAUAGGUGAAGAUUUUCCUGCAUUCGUUGGUGUUAUAAGAGAUUUUGAUGUACUGGAUAUCUUUGUCAAUGAUGAAGUUGAAAAAUUUUUAAAGACAGGUCCUGUGGGUGAUGCCUUGAAAAAGAUGAAUCAUAAGAGAUCGAAAGCUCAGAGAAUUAAGAACACCGCAAAAUUGACUAAAGUUUCAAAUAUUGCAUCUUUAAAUUCAAAAAUUGCCAAAUACCAAGCCGCAAGUAAUUUUAGAGAUGAAUCAACUGUUGCAUUAGUAUGGUUGAAUUUCACUUCUGAUCAUUACAGAGUUGGUGCUACGUUAAGUCACAAGAAUAUUAUGGGUGUUUGCAAAGUCUUCAAAGAAACUUGUAAUUUGUCAUCAUCAUCGUCUAUUGUUGGUUGUGUUCGUCACUCAGCCGGUAUUGGAUUUGUCCAAGCUGCUUUAUUGGGAGUAUAUUUGGGAACCACUACGUAUUUAAGCUCUCCAGUUAACUAUGCAGAAAAUCCUCUUGCAUUCUUCUUGUCGUUGGCUCGCUACAAAGUAAAAGAUGUUUUCGUGACGGAACAGAUGCUUAAGUAUGCUGCUAUAAAAUUUACACCAAAAGGAUUUGGAUUGACUAAUUUGAAAAAUAUGAUGAUUAGUACUGAAAGUAGAGUUGAAAUUGAUUUAUUAAGAAAAAUUGCUAGAGUUUUCCAACCAACUAAGUUGAGUGCUGCAUCUAUGUCAACUGUAUAUAACCAUUGUUUCAAUCCUAUGAUUUCUACAAGAUCUUAUAUGACAGUUGCGCCAGUUGAUUUGUUUUUGGAUCCUAUUGCUUUGAGACAAGGUUAUGUAUCAGUGGUCAAUCAAGCUGAAGUUCCAAAUGCCUUGCACAUCCAAGACUCAGGAAUGGUUCCUGUUUGCACUGAGAUAGCAAUUGUUAAUCCAGAGACAAAUAAAGUUUGUCGUGAAGGUGAAUUUGGUGAGAUUUGGGUAUGCUCAGAAGCUAACUUAGCCUCUUUCACCAAUGGACCUAAGGGACCAGCUGACAAUUUCAGUAAACGUCAAUUCUUGGGUAAGAUCGUAGACGGAAAUCCCGAUAUGACGUACUUGAGAACUGGGGAUCUUGGAUUCUUACAUAACAUUUCUAUAUCCAAAAACCAAAGUGAUCCGAAAUCAACUGAAGCUCCAGCAACAACCACAUUCCAACCAUUGUUCGUGCUAGGAAAGAUUGGAGAUACUUUUGAGGUUAUGGGGUUGCAUCAUUUCCCAAUUGAUAUUGAAAACACAAUCGAGUCUUGUCACGUUGACAUUUACAAAAACGGUUCCUGUAUUUUCAAAUGCUCCGACUACACCAUUAUAGUCUGUGAAUCUAAAAGAUCAAGAGACUUUUCCUCGUUGGUUCCUUUGAUUGUAAACACAGUCUUGAGUAAACACCAUUUGAUUGUUGAUAUUGUCUCAUUCAUCAAGAAGGGUGAGUUCCCAAUAUCCAGACUAGGAACUAAACAGAGGGCCAGAAUCAUCGACGCUUGGGUUCAAGGUGUAAUUCCAAUUGCCGCUCUGUAUGGUGUGAACCACGGUGAAAAUAGUAUGAUUAAAUUAGUCAAAGAAAUCGAUAACGUCGCCAGAGAUCACCCGAUUACCGGCUUGAAGAAUCCUGCAUUAUCGUAUUACGAUAUCGACUUGGCCGAUGCCAAUGGUGAUUUCUUCGAUAAUAAUGACAAUGUCCUAACUUUGAAUGAUGAUUAUCAACCAGAUGCUGACUACCAUCGAGAAAGAAAAGCAGUGUUCUCGGUUUCCAGUAAAGACUCGCUUGACUCGUUUAACCCCACAUCAUCUACAUAAUCCUACGGAUUUCCUCUGAUUAACUCUGAUAAACUUGUAUAUUAGUUAUUAAUUUAUAAAGUAUAU